AUGUUGCCCAGGAAGGGCACUGCCAUCGUAAAGCUCAAGACCGAUGGCGAAGCUGAGAGAGUGAUACAAUUAUUGAACGGCAAGCAGAUUGGUGGCCGGGUUGUGUUGGCUAAGCACGAUAAGUUCGCGCAGAAGACGGUUGAUAGCAAUCCACAGGUCAAUCUGAGUGAGGCACAGCAGAGAGUGUGCCAGUUAAACGACUCCUCAUCGGAGGAGAGUAGUAGCUCGGCGGAAUGUCAUAUCCUUGCAGUCGAGACCGGCGUUCUUGAUGAUAGCCAUUGGGCGAAUACCUCUUUGGAGGAGAGACUAUCGAGUCAACAGUGUCAAGAGCGAAUCGUACCGGAUAUUGUGGCGUUAUGCCAGACCAGCAAAGGUGUCGAGUCCGUUGAGGCUAAGAGCUUCAAGAGCAACAUUGAGAACUUCGAGAGUAAGAGCUUCGAGAGCAACAUUGAGAACUUCGAGAGUAAGAGCUUCGAGAGCAACAUUGAGAACUUCGAGAGUAAGAGCUUCGAGAGCAACAUUGAGAACAUCGAGAGUAAGAGCUUCGAGAGCAACAUCGAGGACUUCGAGAGUAAGGGUUUCGAGAGCAACAUCGAGAACUUCGAGAGUAAGGGUUUCGAGAGCAACAUCGAGAACUUCGAGAGAAAGGGCUUCGAGAGCAACAUCGAGAACGUCGAGAAAGCUUACCACGAUAUCGAGGUUGAGAACAUCGAGAGUUGCAGGUCUAGGCUUCGAGAGGGCCCGAAGGUCAGGGAACCUACGUCGAAGCGAUUAGCUGUCACAUACACGGCCAAUGGGUUGCCGACCGUGGCA